GCCCUCCUCCUCUCCUUAUGCAUUGUGCACUCUCUCCUCACCCCGGCCCGGCGUCGAGCCCUUAUUAUCGACUCUGUUAUAUUUAAAGACAAUAACAGCUAGCUACAACUCUCCUUGGUUUCUCAGCUCGAUUUCAUCCAUCCAAGUUACAUUGAUUGAUUGAGCCUAUAGCCUGUCUUCCUCGAUCAAUCGUCUUCUCCAGUCGAUCGAGAGGAAACCAAGAGGCCGGAUACGAUGGCCGGCGGUGCCAUCGUGAACACGGGCGGGGGCAAGGACUACCCCGGCAAGCUCACCCUCUUUGUGUUGCUCACCUGCAUCGUCGCCGCCACCGGCGGUCUCAUCUUCGGAUAUGACAUCGGUAUCUCAGGCGGCGUGACCUCCAUGGACCCGUUCCUUGAGAAGUUCUUCCCGGAGGUGUUCCGGAAGAAGCAGGAGGCCAAGACCAACCAGUACUGCAAGUACGACAACCAGCUGCUGCAGACCUUCACCUCCUCCCUCUACCUCGCCGCGCUCGUCGCCUCCUUCUUCGCCGCCACCGUCACCCGCGUCCUCGGACGCAAGUGGUCCAUGCUCGUCGGCGGCCUCACCUUCCUCGUCGGCGCCGCCCUCAACGGCGCAGCCCAGAACGUCGCCAUGCUCAUCAUCGGUCGUAUCCUCCUCGGCGUCGGCGUCGGAUUCGCCAAUCAGUCUGUUCCUGUGUACCUGUCGGAGAUGGCGCCUGCGCGUCUCCGUGGCAUGCUCAACAUCGGGUUCCAGCUGAUGAUCACGAUCGGCAUCCUGGCGGCGGAGCUGAUCAACUACGGCACCAACAAGAUCAAGGCCGGGUACGGGUGGCGCGUGAGCCUGGCGCUGGCGGCGGUUCCGGCGGCCAUCAUCACCCUGGGCUCCCUCUUCCUCCCCGACACCCCCAACUCCCUCCUUGAGCGUGGCCACCCGGAGGAGGCCCGGCGCAUGCUCCGUCGCAUCCGCGGCACGGAGGACAUCGGCGAGGAGUACGCGGACCUGGUGGCGGCGAGCGAGGAGGCCCGGCAGGUGCAGCACCCGUGGCGGAACAUCGUUCGCCGCCGGUACCGCGCGCAGCUCACCAUGGCCGUCAUGAUCCCCUUCUUCCAGCAGCUGACGGGGAUCAACGUCAUCAUGUUCUACGCGCCCGUGCUGUUCGAGACGCUGGGGUUCAAGAACGACGCCUCCCUCAUGUCCUCCGUCAUCACGGGUCUCGUCAACGUCUUCGCCACCGUGGUGUCCAUCGUCACCGUCGACCGCGUCGGCCGGCGGAAGCUCUUCCUCCAGGGCGGCGCGCAGAUGAUCGUGUGCCAGCUCGUGGUGGGCACGCUCAUCGCCGCCAAGUUCGGGACCAGCGGCACGGGCGACAUCGCCAGGGGCUACGCGGCGGUGGUGGUGGUGUUCAUCUGCGCCUACGUCGCCGGAUUCGCCUGGUCGUGGGGGCCGCUCGGCUGGCUGGUGCCGUCGGAGAUCUUCCCGCUGGAGAUCCGGCCGGCCGGGCAGAGCAUCAACGUCUCCGUCAACAUGUUCUUCACCUUCUGCAUCGCGCAGGCCUUCCUCACCAUGCUCUGCCACUUCAAGUUCGGCCUCUUCUACUUCUUCGCCGGAUGGGUCGUCAUCAUGACCGUCUUCAUCGCGCUCUUCCUGCCGGAGACCAAGAACGUGCCCAUCGAGGAGAUGGUGCUCGUCUGGAAGUCCCACUGGUUCUGGAAAAAGUUCAUCGCCGACGACGACGUGCACGUCGGCGGCAACCACCUGCAGAUGGACAAAAACGUCAAGGGGGCCGACGCCUGAUGAAUUGAAUGAAUGCCUACUAGAUCAUCGUCAUCUGUUCUAUCUAUCUAUCUAUCUAUCGUCAGAACUGAUGAAAUGUCCCCGGAUUGAUCCAUCGAUUGUACAUGUGUAAUGUUUGUUACGCCCAUUAAGUCUUCUUGAGUUAGUUCUCCUCCAUGCUCUCCUACUAGUACUAGUAUUUGUUUGUGCUGUUUGUUACGCCCAUUAAUUCUUGAUGAAAAAAAACAUGUACCGUACCACUGUCAA